AUGGCAUACUCUGUUUCUAACGUUGAUAAUAAGAUUGAUAACAUUCGUGAGAAUAUACAAAGGGGUGUUAAUGAUAUCGAAGACUAUGCCCAGCAGCAUGCAGAACGUGAUCCGGAAGAUGAAUAUGAACAAGCGUUGUUAGACAUGACCAAUGAUCUGGAACAAAGUGUUCAUGCUGCUCUUGAAGAUAUACGCCAAUUAAUACUUAGUCGGCGGCCAGCACAAACGGAUCCCAACUAUCUAGAAAAAAAACAGCAGUAUUCAGAAUACGUCCAACAUGCCACAACAGGUCUGAACCGUUUAAAAGCUAGUAUCAGAUCACUGUUUACCAAACUCGUGGGUGUCGUGAAACGAGUUGUACAAUGGGUACGUGAUCAUAGGGAAGGAAUUUAUACUUUUAUCAGUAAUGCAUUCAGAGUAAUUAUACCACUCUUAGGUGCAUUUGUACCCUACAUUCCGCAUUUUUGA